GUACCAAACAUAUAUUUUAAAAUAGCCUGCUAAUGUUAACGUACCUCGUGACUCACUUUGUAAACAGAAGUAUAAACAGCAAUUCACUUCGUCGAAGGCUGACCGCUGCCCUCUCCAAGCGACGCGCACGGCCCAUUUGGCCCCACCCUCCUCGUCUUCGCGCUUACUUCUGCUAACAGCCGACCGGCGAUCGUUGACUAAAGUGCCACUGCAAGAGGAGGUAUUAAAUACAACAGGACCCCUCACGUUCAGAGAAGAUUAAAAGAAGUCGCUUACUGCUUGAAGAAUGCUUUUCUUCUGUGUUUGACACCGAAAGGAUUGAAAUCAGGACUGAAACUGUUUAACUUUUCUGUUGCAUAAUCUAAGAAGCAUACAAGCAUUAAGGUGCCUGCUAAGACGAUGGAGCUCUUUCCUUGUUCCUGCUGGACAGUCCUUUUUCAGUUACUUGAGUUUCUGUUUUUAACAAACUACGGAAUUUCUAAAAACAUAAACUUUUACAAUGUAAAGCCACUAAUGAAUCCAACACCUUUCCCGAACAGCUUCAAGUGCUUCACUUGUGACCAUGCAGAAGAUAAUUACAACUGUAACAGAUGGGCUGAAGACAAAUGGUGCCCACGGUAUACGGAAUACUGCAUGACAGUUCACCAUUUUACAAGUCAGGGCAGAAGCAAAUCAGUAACAAAGAGAUGUGCGUUUAAGGAAGAAUGUCAAGCUGUGGGAUGUAGACAUCACAGAGAUACAGGUCAUACGGAAUGCAUCUCUUGUUGUGAAGGCAUGGUCUGCAAUGUUGAGGUCCCAACAAAUCACACUAAUGCAGUAUUUUAUAUGGCACAGUCUUGGAGAUCCUCAGGACCCAGAAUUUCUGCAGUUAGCACUACAAUUUUCUGCAUUAUAGUGCUUGUAUCUUUAUUUUCAUGAAAAAAACUUAUUUUAGUUACUGAAAACAUAAGGAUGAUUAAUUAAAACAGAUGUACAAGAGAAAUAUUCAAGUGUGAAUAUAUGGAAAGAAAAACCAUUGUGUAAUGGUGCAAUGACAUAUCAGUCUGAUGUGUAAAACAGUACUGAGAAAAGACUGUUCAUGGAAAUAUUCAGUUGAGUUAAUGUGAAACUAAUUCAGAAACAAAAGGAACAUAUUACAUGUUUAACUCAUAUGAUACUUAUCUGACUUAUGCUUUGAAUCUCAGCCAGUGACAUUUUAAGGAAAACUCAACAUGAGUACAUUUUGCUUUUAAGUAAACAUUUUUACUGCACUUCCAACGUCAGUAACCUAUGUAUAUUUCUGAUGAUUUUAUAUGCAGUCUAGAUUUCAGUACCUGUAUUUAUCAAGCAUCUUAGAAUUACUCUUAGGAAUUGCACUAAAAGUCAGACUAGGAUAAGAAUGUGUCCUACCUCAGACUAGGACAAGAGACGUAUACUGUAUAUGAAGUUACUUACACCUACACCCAGCUAGGAGUAAAAGUUCAUGUUUGAGAAUGAAUAACAUCACAAUUUCAUGGCAGCCUAAGCCGCAAAAUGGUACUCUUACCGACGAUAUUGUAGUUGAAAAUCAUGAUGAGCUUUGUAGUUUUCUGAUAGUAACACUAUGACUUCACCACAAAGAUAAUUAUAAAAAUAAUAAUAAAAGAAGAAGAAGAAGGAGAACAUAAUCUGGUAGAUUAGUGAGCUAAGCUGCACUUCUUGUUGUAACUUUGCAACAACAUCUUAAAUAAUGCCGUAACAAGCACCGAGAUGGAAAGACUGAGAAACACACACUGAAUGAAGAGUAAAGCCAGGUAACAGGCAUGUUUAUUUAACAAUGAAAGGUCCACAGCUGUACUUUCAGAAAAAUAAACUUUGUGCUGUUAAGGCCACUGGAAGCACCUCAUAAAGUCACAGUUAUAUUGAAAGUAGCCCCUGUAUAUGUCGGGUUUACUCUUCAGGUGUGUUAUGGUAUACUGUGCCUCUCUGUGUGACUUUGUAUUCUGUGAGGCUGUAUUUAUCCAAUACCCCAGGAGUUUGCACCUGCCUUCUUUAAACUUCCCAGGCUUAUAAUCUAUAAUUUUAAUGUUCCACGGGCUCAUAGAACCAGAGGUCUGCAUACUUGUGUGACAUUUUGCUGUCAGUCAACCAUCCUGCCCCACUUAUUUUCAGGAUAAUAUAUUGGCUACCACAGUAUAGUUUACAUCCAUGAGUAGCUGUGUGUUAAUACUGUGAUAUGCUUGUGAUUCACAUAUGCAUGCUCAUUCACACUUGGGGAAAUGAUCUGCAUGUGGUGGUGAUUUGCAUGAAUGCCGCUUGUGUUAACAUUACCUCAUGUGGAAAGGUGGGGAAAUGCAUUGAUCUGGGUAUUACCUCACAUGUUGGAAUGGGGUUCAAAGUCUGAUAAUUCAAGAAAUAGUUGGUUGUAACAUACCCAGAUAAUUGUUACUGCAGAGCUGCAUUUUACAUUUAGCAUUAUGAAUAUUUUAAUUUUACCUGACAGUGCAUGGUUUCUCUGUGUAAAUGAAGCAAUCACAUAACAUACAGGAUUUGUUAGCAAUUUUAUUCCAUCUCUGGCAAAUCAAUAUUUUUUAUGAGUUUAUUGCAGUCCAGCAUUUCCAAAACAUUCUGCCUUUUUCCAGUAUGUGUGUGCUAAUCACUGCCUGAGCAGUCUUCUGGCAGCUGUUAGUGAGUUAGGACAGCUCACAAGCUCUCCUAAAUCCUGGUGAAGUUAGGAGUAGUUUCCUAAAUUAGGAAAUUUUGAUAAAAAUAUUUUCACUCCUACUCCUAAAAGUAGAAGCAAAUUUGUGUCACUUUGAGUUAGCUGGAACAGUUUUCGUAUUCUGAGACACUUGAUAAAUAUGGACACAGGUAAGGAGACCUGGGUUUGCUUCCUGGGUCCUCCCUGCGUGGAGUUUGCAUGUUCUCCCCAUGUCUGCGUGGGUUUCCUCUGGGUGCUCCGGUUCCCUCCCACAGUCCAAAGACAUGCAGGUUAGGUGUAUUGGCGAUCCGUAAUUGUCCCUAGUAUGUGCUUGGUGUGUGUGUGUGUGCGCCCUGCCCAGGAUUUGUUCCUGCCUUGCGCCCUGUGCUGGCUGGGAUUGGCGCCAGCAGACCCCCGUGACCUUGGGUUAGGAUAUAGCGGGUUGGACAAUGACUGACUGACUGGUUCAAAUCUAAUAAAAAAAAAACAUUUGUAAUCUCAUAUUUGACAUACUUGUUUAUGCUUUAAAGUUUAAAAAGAGGAAUGUCAAAUCACAUUUCCUUUAAUUGAAAGGAUAUUUUGUAAAACAUUUUUGAUAUUUAAUUAUUCAUCAGGUAUAUUUAUAUGAUAACUGUGCUUUGGUGUUUGUGUACAUUGAUACAUGUAACAAAGUGUAUUCAAAUACAUUUAAUAAAUAAAAAAAGUUUUAAGUCUGUAUUAUUUAAUCAUAGUACUUUUUUGCAGAACUGUUCAGUAUUUUAAAUGGAAAUAUAAUAUGCUUGUUCACAAAGACUCAUGCAGAAUGUUAUUAUUUGCAGUCCUGCAUAACUUGGGUUUUAUGUGACACUUGAAUGUGAUAUAUGAUACUUCUUUCAGAUUUUGUUUGUUUUCUUCAUUGUAUCUUUGUAUAUAUAUAUUUAUACAAUGUAUUUCAUGACCAUUGAAUUUUGGAACUGUAUAUUAUAAAUAGACGUAAGAGUUUGUGAUAACAAAUAAAAUGCACAGAUAUUACACCAAAAAUAAAGAUUGGUUGGAUGUUAGUAUUAUUAUAUAUCUAUCACUGCAGCUUGGAUCUGAGUCCUAAUACAUAGUGGGAAGGAAAUCUCCUGAAGAUAUUUUUGUAAUUAUGUUUAAACCAAGUAGACGGGAAUAAGAUUUGUUUUGAAAUCACUCUUUGUAACAAUAUCACAUUUCUGAAUUCGUCCCUUUAUCGAAUAUUUUUUUACAUAGUUAUUUCUGCACUUUUUUUUAAAGAAAUGUGGAAGGUCAAAAUAAGUACAACAUGGAUAUGAAUAAUACAUUGGGUUUGUUAACAUCUUUGAAAAAAAUGAAGAGUCCAGUUUGUAAUGAAAUUCAAACAUGCACAGAGGAACCAGAUGCAUAAUUAAAUUAUCCACAUUUCAGAAAGUGUUCUUAAUGCUUAUAGUAGAUACUUUUGGUUUAUAUACUUGAUACUGUAUGUCAGCAACUAAAUAAAACCUGAAAUGAUAAGAAAUUUUCAAAUUUGAAAAAGCUGUGAUAUCUACAGAUCUAUAAAGAUGAAGCAAAUCUUUUGUGUAGAAUUUUAUAUAACUAGUAUUGGUGUGCAUAAUUUGUAUAGUUCUGUACCUCACAAAGUAGAUUAGAUUUUUAAAUCACAGGCCAGCAUGCAGAGUUCAAAUCCCAUUUGGUGUGUCAUCUGAGUAGAUUUUGCAUUUUCUCAUUUAACUUGUUUGAAAUAAAUAUUUGGUUUUGCAUUGCUUAUAAAAUACUGAAGCCGCUGCUGCUUUUAAUUAAAUAGCAUAAAUGUAUAUAUAGCUUUCCUAGUAAACUAGUUUCAGUCAAUCAGUGAGAGAGAAAUGACUCACUGUAAUUUGAUGUGUUUCCAUAAAUGUAUGUGUAAAGUGGAUUUUAGAUUUUAUUUAUGCCAAACUGGAUGCUACAUUAAACAGACUACUGCAGAUUUCUUUGUAACUGAAACAAAUAAUAAUAAUUAAGGGGUUAUUAUAUGAACUGGUAAAACAGUAUACAGUGGAUGAGACUGGUAAUUAAAUAUAAAUAUACUUUAUGUACACAAUACCAUUUUGCUCACCAACUGUAAAUAAAAAAUUAAACCUGAUAUUCUUUACAUUUUCUGCAUCAUCUAUAAAUAAAAUAGAGUAUAUUAUUAUUGUUAUGUUAUGCUUGCAUUGGCUUUGUAUACCUAUGACUACAGCAGAGUCAACCUAAGUAUUUUUAAGUUGUAUAUGUUCAACCAUUGGCCACGAUGGGAGCUGAGUCAAAGUCCUUGGGGACAGUUGUCCUGUUUGUAUACUAAUUUUUUUUUUCU